AUGAUAUAGACAGAAUCAGAUUCAAGUAAUAGAGUGGCUUACUUUUAUAAUCGAUUUAUAGGAAAAUUUCAUUAUGGCAAAGAACAUCCAAUGAAACCAAAGAGAAUAAUAAUGGCACACAAUUUGAUAGUGAAUUAUGGGUAGAAAUAAAGUAUUAUAAAUAAAGUCUUUUUCGAUAGAUGGAUGUUUAUUUAAUAAGGGAAGCAUAAUUACAAGAAAUAAGAAAAUUUCAUGAUCCUGAUUAUAUCAUUUAUCUGAGUUAAUUCAUGAGUUAAAAUAAGAUAAAUUUUGUAAAGGAGUAUUGUUCAGCAAAUAAUGAAUGUGUAAUACCAGAAAAUUUAUUGGAAGAAUUUAAAUUAAUAAUAAAAUGGAGUUAAUAAUAAAAAAUAAAGACUGAAAAUUCAGAAUUUAAAGUAGGUGAUUCACCAGAUAAUCCAACAUUUUCUGGAUUGUUUUCUUAUUGUUAAUUAAGUUCAGGUGCAAGUAUAGAUUGUGCACAUUCUAUUUUAACUGGUUAAGCUGAUAUAGCAAUAAAUUGGUCUGGUGGAUUACAUCAUGCAAAAAAGAAAGAAGCAAGUGGAUUUUGUUAUAUAAAUGAUAUAGUCUUAUGUAUUUUAGAAUUGCUUAGAGUAUAUGUGAGAGUAUUAUAUGUUGAUAUUGAUUGUCAUCAUGGAGAUGGUGUAGAAGAAGCAUUUUAUUUAACAAAUAGAGUUAUGACAUUAUCAUUUCAUUAAUAUGGAGAUGAUUUUUAUCCAGGAACAGGAUAAUUGAAUUCUGUUGGUGUUGGAGUUGGUAGAUAUUAUUCAGUUAAUGUACCAAUGAAACCUGGUAUGUCUGAUGAACCUUAUUUAGAGAUGUUUAAAAAAAUUACAAGCAGGGUAAUGUAAAUUUUUAGACCUGAUUGUAUUGUUAUGCAAUGUGGAGCAGAUUCUCUAUCAUUAGAUAAAUUAGGAGGAUUUAAUUUAUCAAUAAGGUAUAUCAUUUUAUUAAUUAAUAAACAGAGGUCAUGGAGCAUGUGUAAAGUAUAUGAAAUCAUUUGGUAUUCCGAUGAUUUUACUUGGAGGUGGAGGAUAUACAAUAUAAAAUGUUUCCAGAUGUUGGGCAUAUGAAACAGGAAUAGCUUUGGGUCAAUAAAUUGAUGAAGUAUUAUUAUAUAUUAUCUAGGCUAUACCAUCUAAUGAUAUUUAUUAUGAUAAUUAUUCACCAGAUUAUUUAUUGCAUUUUCCAAUUAAAUAAAAUGUUGAAAAUAGAAAUAAAACUGAAGAUUUAAAUAAAAUUGUUGCUACUGUUUAUGAUUACCUAUCACAUAUUGAAAAUGCUCCAGGUAUACAUUUUCAUGAUGUUCCUUUCUCAUUUUAUCCUGAUAUGGAUCAAGAAAAUGAAGAUGAUGAUAAAGAAUGUAUAUUAUUUUUUUCUAUUUUUAGAAAUCGAUUAGAAAUAAGAAGUUUCUUUGAAUGAAUUAGAAUAAGAAAUGGGAAUUUCUAAUUUUAGUAAAAAUGAAAUAUCAGUUUAAUCCAAUUCAAGAAAAAUGUAUUCCAAAAGUCAACAAUAAGAUUUAUGA